AUGUCAGACAGACAGCAGCAGAUAACUACAACAAACCAAAGGUCCCCAGUGGCUUUAAAUAUAGCCAAUUAUCUAAGGGACAACAAAUCUCUCAAACAUAGAACCGGUUUGUUAAAUAACGCUGAUGAUGUGGAUUUCUUUAGAUUUAAAAGAUUAGAGAGGGCAUUGUUGAGUGAUGAUUACAAAAAGAAGCAGCAGAACCCCAAGAAUGGUUUGGUGCCAUUAACUAGUCAACCAGAAGUUGCAAAAUUAUUCAUUCUUUUGAUUCAGAAUCAAUUAGUUAUUCCUGUCGAAAAGCUUCAUUACGCUGACGUGAAAAAGGUUAAAGGAUGGAAACCUAAUAAACUGAAACCUACAUUAAAACCUGUCCAAAAAGCAAAUUUGGAUCCUGAUGCAUACUAUGUUUGGACGUAUGCUAAGCCAAAUCCAUACAUUUUCCUAUACAGUAUUUUAACUAUUGCUGGUGUAUUUACUGUAAUAUUAUUUCCUUUGUGGCCGUCAUUUAUGAAAAUUGGAGUGUGGUAUCUAUCUAUGGGUGCCUUAUGUGUCUUAGGUUUAUUCUUUGUGCUCGCUAUUAUCAGACUCAUUAUAUACGUUAUAUCCUUGUUCGCCUUCCCGAAGCCAUUUUGGUUGUUCCCCAAUUUGUUUGAAGACUGUGGGGUCAUUGAGAGUUUUCAGCCACUAUAUGGCUGGGAAGAACCCAAGAAACUGAAGAAAUCAAAAAAGUCACAAUCAGAGAAGAGCUUGGAAGAGACAAAUAAUUCUACUUCUAGUGACUCUAAGGGGACGCCAGAAUCUGAAGCUUCUGGAGCCUUGAAAAAUGACACUUCAGUGAACAGAAGAAAAGUGGUAUUAGAAGAGGUAGAUGAAUAA